UCGCAUAGGCGUAGGGGGCGGGGCCUGGCAGGCCCCUCCUUCCCCCGCCGCCAAACUCCCAGGGUGGAGAGGGGGUCCCGACGUCUGGGACUGGUUGUCUGGGACACCAAGACCAGUGGGGGAAGCGAUCCGGACCCCCGGGCUAGCGGCAGGGGCAAGUCCAGGUCACUGGGGUCUGGGCCUGAGUGAAGGAGGCCUCACCGCCCCUGGGUCCUCUAAAGCUGGUUCCGUUUGCCGACGCUAGUAAAAGGAGCCAGGCCCUUCCCUUUCCCCCCGGAGUGCUCGAAGUGUGGUCCCAUCCUGGUCCCAAUGCACUUUGUGGCCUCCUUUCAUCAGCCGCCUGCCAGUCGCCAUGCUGUCCCUGUGCCUGUGCCGGUUCUGGCCCCGCAGCCCUUCCACCCGGCUCUUCUCGGCGGCCACCAGGCAGCGGUCUGGCCCCAGGAACUACUAUGAACUGUUAGGGGUGCAUCCUGGUGCCAGCACUGAAGAAGUUAAACGAGCUUUCUUCUCCAAGUCCAAAGAGCUGCACCCUGAUCGGGACCCUGGGAACCCAGCCCUGCACAGCCGCUUUGUGGAGCUGAGUGAAGCAUACCAAGUGCUCAGCCAUGAGCACAGCCGCCGCAGCUAUGAUCACCAGCUCAGCUCCACAACUCCUCCAAAGUCUCCAGGAACCACAGUCCAUCCCAGGGCUGCUCAUCAAGCGCACAGCAGCUCCUGGGCACCCCCCAAUGCACAAUACUGGGCCCAGUUUCAUGGUGUGAGGCCUCAGGGACCAGAGUCAAGGCAGCAGCAGCACAGACACAACCAGCGGGUGCUGGGAUACUGCCUCCUGAUCAUGUUGGCAGGCAUGGGCCUGCACUAUGUUGCCUUCAGGAAGCUGGAGCAGAUGCACCGGAGCUUCAUGGAUGAAAAGGAUCGGAUAAUCACAGCCAUCUACAAUGACACACGGGCCCGGGCCAGGGCCAACAGAGCCAAGCUCCAGGAGCAACUGCAGAGGCAGCGGCUGCAGCCACCACCUGGAGGCCCAGGGAUCGUGUCUCCGGGCACAGGCACCCGCCCGUGAGCAGCUCGCUGGGAUGGGGCCUUGCUACCCCAUGGGACUUCCCACUCCCCAAAACGCGUGCAAUAAAGUGAUUCUCAG